CCCUGGUGUCGCCUUGUUAUGAAUGGCCAAGGCUCCGGGAGGCACAGACGCUCCGCUUACUUUGAGGUUGGAGCAGCAAGCGAAGCCCUCUCCGAGCGCCGGAGCGCACAGCGCAAGCAAUCAAGCGGGCAGGCGGCGAAUGACCUCUUUCUUUCUUUUCUCUCUCUCUCUCUCUGCUUGCGCUGCUCCGCCCCUAUAAAUAACUGAGCGCAACUUUCCCAAGUCAAGCGACUUUAAGGAGGAGAAGACUCGACGCCUACCGCCAAAUGGUCCGGAGGAACCAGCCGCGACAAGAGCGCUCGACCGGCAGGGUCUAAGCAACCAUUCGUGAUUUUUUAUUAAUUUUUAUUUUUUUGGGGGGGGAAGGAAGGGGCUUGACAACCCUCAUUUCGGACGGGAGUUUCAGGAGCCGGCAAGGAAGGCAAGGCAAAGCAGGCAAGAGGCAUUGCCGGCGGUCUCCUCGGUCGGCGCUUGCAAACGUCGCCGCCCACUCGCUCUGGAGGCAUUGGAGGGGGGUCUCCGGUGGCCGAGGUUCCCCUUCGCCCCCCCCGCUCCCCUCCUUUUGCUUUCAUGCAACGCCUGGUAGCCUGGGAUCAGGCAUGCCACCCCCUUCAGCCCGCGGCCUUUAAAUCCAUGGAAGUGGCUAAUUUCUAUUACGAGGCGGACUGUCUGGCUGCUCUGAACAAGCUGCACCCGCGGGCGGCGGGGGCCCGCUCCAUGACCGAGCUAACCGUGGGGGAUCACGAGAGAGCCAUCGACUUCAGCCCUUACCUGGACCCUUUAGCAUCGCAGCAGCCGCCGCCACAGCAGCCGCCGCCUUCUUCCACGGCAGCAGGGGGCAACUUUGAGCCGGUUUGCAGCAGCGGCGGCGGCGGCGGCGGGAGCAGCGGCCAAGAUUUCCUCUCCGAUCUCUUCUCCGAGCAGGACUAUAAAGGCGGCGGGAAGAAACACCCCGACUACGCUUACAUCAACCUAAGCAGACACAGUCACCACCCGGGCGUCGGACAGAACCAUAAAGGCGGGCCGCUGCUGGGUUGUUUCCCGCCGCAGAUGGUGGAGACCAAAGUGGAGCCGGUCUUCGAGCACUUGGAUUCUUGCAAAGGGGCCCGCAAGGAAGAAAGCGGCGGCGGCGGCGGCGGCGGCGGAGGAGGAGCAGGGCCCGGCCUGGGGGGAAUGUCCUCGCCUUACGGCAGCACCGUCCGCUCCUAUUUGGGCUACCAGUCCGUGCCGAGCGGGAGCAGCGGAAACCUCUCCACCUCGUCGUCUUCCAGCCCUCCUGGCACCCCGAACCCGUCCGAUUCCUCGAAAUCCGCCUCGGUCGGAGGAGGAAGUGGCGGCGGCGGCGGCGUUUACCCGGCAGGCCCCGGCGGCGGCGGCGGCGGUAGCGGCAAGAACAAGUCCAAGAAGUCAGUGGACAAACACAGCGAGGAGUACAAGAUCCGCCGCGAGAGAAACAACAUCGCCGUGCGCAAGAGCCGCGACAAAGCCAAGAUGCGCAACCUGGAGACGCAGCACAAAGUGCUGGAACUGACGGCCGAGAACGAGCGGCUCCAAAAGAAAGUCGAGCAGCUUUCCCGGGAACUCAGCACCCUCAGGAACUUGUUCAAACAGCUGCCGGAGCCGCUUUUGGCCUCCUCCGGACAUUGCUAGCCUUUCCCCCCCUUCCCCGUUGACCCCAGAACAGCUGGACGCCGCUGGAAACAACUGCUGUGGUUUGGGAAAGGCGGAGGGUUGGGGGAGGCUUCCGGGAAGGAAUGAAGCGGGGGUGUGCGUGUUGUUGUGUGUUUGUGUGAAGGGGGGGGUGAAUCUGGGGGUGCAUCUGCCCGUCUUUUCUGGACUAGCACGGGUCGGGGUGGGUGGGUGGAAAGAGAAAGUCCCGAGGGGGGUUUGCAUAAAUACAUAUAUCUAUAUAUAAUAUAAAUUAUAUUUUUGGCCUUUUAAUUCGCGCUCUUUGAUGAUGGGAGAAACCUUCCGCCCUAUGCUUCUUGCAGUUACGACUCCUUCGGCUGGCGGAGGGAGUUCUCUGGCCGGUUUCUAUUGAUCUCUGCGGGACUUCAUGGAAGAAUCCAUAGUUUUUAAAACUUCAUUAUUUUUUUCUAAGAAAAAAAAAGCCGAUACCAAACGCAAGAUAAGCCAUUUAAUAGCCAAUAUGAUUGUUCUUUGCAAAGAUUUUUUUUUGGGGGGGGGCUGGGGGGAAGUUUGAGUGCUUAUUUAAAUUAAACAAAUAUAUAUAACGUAAAGGAGAGAAGAGAGUUCAGAGUGAUGCAAUCUUUUAAACAUGGCUGGGAACACCAGCUUAUACAUGAUGCAACCUCAUGUAACUGUCAGUCAUGGAUUGAGUAAUCUGUUAAAGAUGUUCCUACUGGGUUUUUUUUUUAUUAUAAAGAAUGAUCUAUUUCUAUAAGGAAAAAAGAAAGUAUGUAUAUUUUGGGAUCUAUGCAUUCUUGCUACACAUGAAGCAUUAAUGAACAAUUUUAAUAAAACUUUAUUGCUAGGAUGGAAAA